AACAGCUGGAGCUGGGCUGGCCGCUGAAGCUGAUCUUCUUUCGGCUCCUUUCCUUCCUCCUUUCUCCUUCCUAGCGAACGUUGCUGCUGCAUUUCGCAAUUGCGAAAAGAUUCAGCUCAGAACAGCACAACAGGCGACCACCACCUGCUAGACAGUUUCACCUUGUUCCUUGCGAAACAAGUUGACCAGUUUCUUAAGUCUUGCUUCUGCUCAUCCCUAUACUGAGCAUUCGACCCUGUGACCCGGUUAGUCAGCAGUUAUGGCGUUUUCAGCUGCAAGCAGGCUGGAAUCAAUUGUUUCCCCGAAUCUUUGCUUCUCUUCUUCUCAAGGAAGCCGUACUGAUGGGUCUGGCCGAAGGGUUUCAAAUGCGGCGCAUGCUGCCGCCACUUUCUCAGCUGGCAGCAAGCUGUGGAUCAAUGCACCUUGCAAAAGGGCUGGUGCAACACGAAGCUUGGGUGCGAGGGGUGCCAGGGCCAGCAUUGAUCCAGUAAAGCUGGCUGCAGACAUCCAGCAGUCGCGGCCUACAGGCAGAGGGAAGGAGCUUGUUGGGGCUGGAGACUCCACAUUGACACAACCAGGAAUUCUUCAGUCUUCCAUGGCUGAGGAGAUAGAUCAAAUGGCAGAAGAAGGGAGCGUGUCGUCUGAGGGCAAUCUUGCUCAGUCUGAUGUCGAGCCAGCAGAGAGCCCUGCAGUUCAAAAGGCAGCAGACAAUGCUGCGAGCAGCACUGGGGAUACAUUCAAGGGGAGUAGGCUCAUUUCAGCAGCCGAUGGGCCGCAACCAUCAGAUGAGCCAGCUUACACGGCAGCCACCGAGAAGGUCGUCGAUGUGGACGCUGAAAAAAAAGGGGACCUUUUCCGUGGCAGCAAGCUGAUUUCCACUGACGACGAACCCAGCCAAGGCGGCAUGGAGCCAGCAGAGAGCCCCGCUGUGCAGAGGGCCACAGACAGCGCGGCAAACAUGUCAUCAGAAGGCAACCUAGCCCAGUCCGAUGUCGAGCGAGCAGAGUCGGAGGCCGUCCAAGGAGCUGCAGAUCGUGCGGCUGACAUGUCUUCCGAAGGCAACCUUGCACAGUCCGAUGUCGAGCCAGCAGAGUCGGAGGCCGUCCAAAAAGCUGCAGAUCGUGCGGCUGACAUGUCAUCCGAAGGCAACCUUGCACAGUCCGAUGUCGAGCCAGCAGAGUCGGAGGCCGUCCAAAGAGCAGCAGAUCGUGCGGCCGAUAUGUCAUCAGAGGGGAACCUGGCGCAGUCGGAUGUCGAACCAGCGGAGACAGAGGCAGUGCAGAGAGCGGCCGACAGAGCGGCGGGGGGCGCUGAAGAUGCCAAGAAAACUGCGAAGGAGGGGCUUGAGAGGGGCGCUGAAGAUGCUAAGAACACUGCGAAGGAGGGGCUUGAGAAGGGCGAAAGAGCAGUGAAGGAGGGAGCGCAGAAGGGCGAGGAGGCCGCCAAGGGGGCUUUUGCAAAGAUCAAGGAAGCAGCCAGCGGUGUAGCGGAAGCGGUGAGGGACCUGGACGACCCGGAGAAGCUGGCCAAGAAGAUCCCGGAACCUGUCAAGGAGGGGCUGCUGGACGCCACGCUGCUGAAGGAGUACGUGCAGGAGAAGACCGGGAACCUGGUCCACGAGUUCAAGGGUCAGGUGGAUGAGGCUAAGGUCGACGAUAAGGCGAAGGAGGUGAUUCAGGAGGCGAAGCAAGCUGUGGGAGGGGCCUCUGACUCUUUGAAGGGAGAGUCGUCGGAUCGGUACCACACUUCUCAGGAGGGUAACUUAGCCGAGUCCGAUAUUGCUCCGGCUGAGAGUGACGCCAUCGAGCGGACUGCUGACGCCUUGUCGCACAAGGAGCGAGGGAACGAGCGGACCAACGGGCACUCCACGUCCCAGGAAGGCAACUUGGCGGAGUCUGAUGUGGCACCCGCGCAGAGCGACGCGGUGGAGCGCACCGCCGACUCACUCGCGCACAAGCAGCAGGGGAACGAGCGAUCUAACGGGCACUCCACGUCCCAGGAAGGCAACCUGGCAGAGUCUGACGUGGCACCCGCGCAGAGCGACGCGGUGGAGCGCACCGCCGACUCACUCGCGCACAAGCAGCAGGGCAACGAGCGGACGAACGGACACUCCACCUCUCAGGAAGGUUAUCUGGCGGAGUCUGACGUGGCACCCGCACAAAGCGCGGCGGUUGAGCGCACCGCCGACUCGCUCGCGCACACGCAGCAGUCCGGCGCGGCGGCCGUCGAUACCUCCCCGUCUUCGCGCGAGGACGCCGUGAAGACACGCGUCCAGCAGAAGCUGGGCCCCACGAGCACCACCGAUGAGAUCGGCUCCAACAAGCACACUCUAGAGGUUAUCGAAGCGCAUGAGAAACUCAAGGACGGGCAGAAGUUGGGACGGCCCGGAGCCGUUGGAUUCCAGAAGGAGACCAAGGAACGGACGGCUACGAACGAGGCGUCCAAGAAACUAGAGGAGGCGAAGUCGGUCGGCCGGCACGCGGCAGCGGUGUUCGAGGGCGAGGCGAAAGAGAGGGUGCAGAAGAGCAGCGGGAACCAGUACAAAUGAUCCCGUUUGGUUGAAUGAGGGAAGCGGAUUAGGGUUUGCAUCGAGUGAUGAGUCCUUAUCUGAAUAAAAUAGCAAGCGUAGGAGGAGAAGCAGAUUUUGACCCGUGUUUGGAUUCUCCAACGCUGCAUUUUCGGAAUAUCAUUUUUGUUCACUGAUAACUUGGACAAAGACAAAUUUCUGACAGGACAUCUGAAUUCGCGUUUACUCCCACGGGCAUGAAAGCCGCACAGAUGGAUUUGGAAGGUGACGAACACUCUCGAUCGGGAUCCUUCCAAGGCGUUGUAAAUUCUGGGCGUCCUUUUGCAGACGUGUGGGGGCAGAGCGGUGGUGGGCUGACCAUUGUGCUCAACGGAUGUUGAUACUCUUAGUCCCAAGUUUGCCCCCAUUUCCGUCAGAAGGGUCUAAGAAAGGUCUAACUUAGCUGCGAGUAGCAGUAGUUUCCUGCACACUUCGUUAACCAUUCAAGAUAAGCUCAGGCGAGCACUGGCCAAUUCAUCUGUGUGAUUAGUAGCGAGUUCCCCGAUUGUUGAUGUGCCUGCUAGGCAAUUCUUCAUAGCAACAAUCAUCGCAGUACACAUUAUCGGUA